AAAGAAAACAAAAGGAGUUGAUGGAACGCCGGGCGGGCCGGGAGCUUUGCAGAAUUGCAGCUCUUGCCUCGUAGGUGUCUCGCGAACCAGCUGCUCUGUGCCUCCCACCCCCACCGCUUUCUCCUUCUCUGUUUUCAUAACGCUAGUUUGCUUCGUCUUCUUAACGAAUUGACUCACCAUUUUAGAUUAUGGAUGCCCCCGAGAAAUCCCAAGAAGCAGACGUCCUUUAUUGCAUAUAUCUAUUUUAGUCUUGCAUCCUUAAGCUGGUGCAAGAUCACUGAUUGUUCUGAGUACAACUUAUGUGUUGUCAACGCUCUUUUAAAAACUCUACAUCCAAGAAUGCCAGGAACCGUCAAUUGGGGCACUGCUACUGUUAUUGGGGUAUUUGCUGGCAUGUUAUAUGGGGGUAGCAAGGAGGCAGCUGCCUCUGUUAGCAAGGAUGCAGAGGUAAUGUUGAAGCUUGGAAGCACAUCAGAUAAGCGUGAACAGCAUCGCCUGAUGAGAGAUGCUAUGGAGAAAAGAUUUAUACGAGUCACUCGUGGCUCAAUAGUUGGUGGUGUACGCCUCGGGAUGUUCACUGCUGCAUUCUAUGGUUUGCAGAAUCUUCUUGCUGAAAAACGUGGGGUGCAUGAUGUAUAUAAUGUUGUUGGAGCUGGAUCUGCUACUGCUGCAGCAUUUGGUCUAAUUAUGCCAGGGUCACUCUAUUGGCGUGCAAGAAAUGUUAUUUUGGGUUCUGCUUUGGGUGCUGUAGUUUGCUUUCCUCUCGGUUGGCUUCACCUGAAGCUUGUAGAGAAAGCAGCAAAUGAAGGGAAAUAUGAUGCUUUUCCCCAGACUGAUGACAGCAAAGAAGUGAAGAGUGGAGUUGGUGCCGCGAUUGAGAGGCUUGAAGGUCAUUUGGGCAAAAAGAUUGAGUGAUGCCAUCCAUUUCAUUAGAUCCGGCAGGGCAGGAAUGCAGGAUACUAAAGGAGGAAAUGAAAAGAUGAGGAAGGCGAGGGACUAACAGAAUGUUGUAAUACCAAAAUUCUCUACCUCCUCCUCCUCCUCCGUCCUUUUGAGAGCUCAAGUAGUAUUAUUAUUUUUUGUUAGGUUGGUUUUAGUUCUCUUUUUGAACUUUGUUUGUCAUCCCUAUCCUAGAGGCAGGCUAGAUAGAUAUACCAAAUUUUCAUACAAGGAAUCAUUUUUGGGAUAAAACAUGUGGUUGUUUUAUUCAAGCCACAUGGUGCUUUUUAGCUUAAAA